GAAUAAUUUAGCGAUCGUCUUUUUGUAACUCAAACAAACAAGUAACUCAUCCGAGGUAGCGCAAAACCCACGGGCAUGGAGCGGAGGCCUGCCGAGCGUCCCCCGGGCAACCGCCACGAGUGCGACCACUGCCCCUACGUGACGGACCGCGCGGGCCACAUGGAGAAGCACCGCAGGACCCACACGGGCGAGAGGCCGUUCGCUUGCCCCGUGUGCGACCGGCGCUUCACGCAGCCGUCGGCCCUCCGCAGCCACGAGAGGACUCACACCGGCGAGAGGCCGUUCGCUUGCGACCUCUGCCCCAAGUCGUUCGCCGUCUCCUCCACCCUGCGGAUCCACGCCAGGACCCACACGGCGCGAGGCCGUUCCGUUGCGACGUGUGUGGCAAGGCGUUCCCCGUGGUCCGCCCUGCGCAUCCACGCGCGGGACGCACACGGAGAGAAGCCCUUCGCGUGCGAGCGCUGCGGCAAGGCGUUCGCCCGCUCGUCGGCGCGCAACGCCCACCGGAAGACUCACGCGAGGGAGGGCGAGGAGACGGCGGCGAUGUUGGAGGUGAAACGGGAUAAUGGAGGAGGAAGAUUCGGCUGCCAGGUCGUCAUCGGCGUCGUUAUCGUGAAGUAA